GCACAUGUUGCCCGCUGAGAAAACGGACCGGACAACACGAAUAAUUUACCAAAAUAGACACUUAAAUAUUGAAAAUCACAAAGAUCUCUCUCACUGCUAUUUUUUGUUUUUGUUUCGUGUGAGUGUGUUUAAAUUUAAAAAGAUUUUGUUUGGCUUUUCUCUGUAUUUUUUACGGUGUCCAAAUCAACAAACCGCAAUGGUGGGCUAAAUUUAGCCAGAAUACUUGAACAAGUUUGUUUUUGAAAAUGCAGUCAAAAAAUUAAAAGUUGGUGUAACCGAAUCAUAAUCAAGGUCUAAUUUGUUUUUUAAAAUAAAAAACUAGGCAAUGUGACUGUGAAGCGCCAGGACAAGCUAUAAAAAUAUAAAAAGGAGUGAUCUUAAACCCUACCAGCCUAUUAAGCUGUGCCACCUAAGGCGCCUAAUAAACUUAAAAGAACCAACAAACAAAAUACUCUAACGCCUAGAGUAUUUAACAGACCAUUAAAAACCUGAUGGCAACAACAACCACAACGCAGGCAGCAGGAGCUGCACCAGCUCUCAAUUUAUUGCCCGCCAGCAAUAAUAAUAUAAAUAAUGCACUAAACAUUAAUAAUAACAACAGUAAUAAUAACAACGCGAUAAGCCAGCCGAUUAAAAUACCGCUGAACGAGCGCUUCUCAUCGCAAACAUCGACAGGUUCGGCGGACAGUGGCGUAAUUGUUUCCAGUGCAUCGCAGCAGCAACUGCAGUUGCCGCCACCUCGCAGCAGCAGUGGCUCGCUGAGUUUGCCACAGGCGCCACCUGGCGGCAAGUGGCGGCAGAAGCAGCACCGGCAGCAGUUGCUGCUCAGUCAAGAUAGCGGCAUCGAAAACGGUGUCGCGACCCGUCCAUCGAAAGCCAAGGAUAUUCAGGGUGUGGGAAAGGGAAAACCGAGCCAUAACGCCAUAGGCUCAAAGGAGAGCGGGGAGCAAUCGAACAGCAGCAGCGAGAGCCUAGGCAGCAAUUGUUCCGAGACCCAGGAUCAGCAGAGAGUAAGAGCCUCCUCCGCUCUAGAGCUCAGCAGUGUGGACAACCCCGCUGUCGUGGGUGCGAGUAAUGUGGCUAACAACAUCCUGCGAAGCCGCAUCAAGUACAAGAGUACCAAUAGCACCGGGACCCAGGGAUUCGAUGUGGAGGAUCGCAUCGAUGAGGUAGAAAUCUGUGAUGAUGACGUUGACUGCGACGACGUGGAAAUCGAGGAGGAGGACGAUGGCGUCAAUGUGGACGACGAUGUCGAGGAGGCCGACAACGACAACCAAUCUGACAGUCAGUCGGGUAUUAUAAUAAACCUCAAGAGCAAGACCGAGCAACAGGUGGCGGAGGAGGAGGCGGCAAGGGAGGUGGAUGUUAAACCCAAGAACCGAUUACUGCCACCCGAUCAGGCGGAAUUAACAGUGGCAGCGGCCAUAGCCCGUCGUCGCGAUGCCAAGAGUCUCGCCACCGACGGCCACAUAUACUUUCCCCUGCUCAAGAUCAGCGAGGAUCCGAACAUCGAUUCCAAGCUGAUCAAUCGCAAGGACGGCCUCCAGGAUACCAUGUACUACCUGGACGAGUUCGGCAGUCCCAAGUUGAGGGAGAAGUUCGCCCGCAAGCAGAAACAGCUGCUUGCCAAGCAGCAGAAACAAAUGAUGAAGAGGGAGAGGAGGAGCGAGGAGCAGCGCAAGAAGCGAAACACCACCGUGGCAUCCAAUCUGGCUGCCAGCGGUGCGGUGGUGGAUGAGACCAAAGAUGAUUAUAAACAACAACCACACUGUGAUACUAGCUCUAGGAGCAAACAUAACUCGGUACCCAAUCCCCCUAGCCAUCUCCAUGAUGAUCACCAUAUCGAUGUGGAUGUAGAAGAGGACGUGGAUGCCAACAGCCACAUGGACAACGGUGUGGUUAAGAUGCGCCGCCACAGCCACGACAACCACUACGACAGAAUUCCCCAGAGCAAUUCAACCACAAUCACCACCCGCCCUAAAAACGAUCGGCACUCCCAGGACACCGGAGAUAUCGAGCAAGGAGCCGAACCAGAUCUCGAAGGUUACGCAGAUGAGGACAGCGAUGAGAGUGGCGAGAACGUUAAGACUGCCAAAUUGGCCAGAACACAGUCCUGCGUCAGUUGGACCAAAGUGGUGCAAAAGUUCAAAAACAUACUAGGUCGCGAUGGUUCUAAAAUUACAACAGUUGUUGCAACACCCGGCCAAGGCACCGAUCGCGUACAAGAGGUCUCCUAUACAGACACUAAGGUCAUCGGCAAUGGCAGCUUCGGCGUCGUGUUCCAGGCAAAGCUUUGCGAUACCGGCGAACUGGUGGCAAUCAAAAAAGUUUUACAAGACAGACGAUUUAAGAAUCGCGAAUUGCAAAUUAUGCGCAAAUUGGAGCAUUGUAAUAUUGUAAAGCUUUUGUACUUUUUCUAUUCGAGCGGUGAAAAGCUGGCCGAGUUCCCCAUCGAUUUGGGCAUAUUCGCGAGUGUGCUCAAGCCCCAGCGUGAUGAAGUAUUUUUGAAUUUAGUCCUCGAAUAUAUACCAGAAACCGUAUACAAAGUGGCUCGCCAAUAUGCCAAAACCAAGCAAACGAUACCAAUCAACUUUAUUCGGCUCUACAUGUAUCAACUGUUUAGAAGUUUGGCCUACAUCCACUCGCUGGGCAUUUGCCAUCGUGAUAUCAAGCCGCAGAACCUUCUGCUCGAUCCGGAGACGGCUGUGCUGAAGCUCUGUGACUUCGGCAGUGCCAAACAGCUGCUGCACGGCGAGCCGAAUGUGUCGUACAUCUGCUCUCGGUAUUACCGCGCCCCCGAGCUCAUCUUUGGCGCCAUCAAUUAUACCACAAAGAUCGAUGUGUGGAGUGCCGGUUGCGUUUUGGCCGAGCUACUGCUGGGCCAGCCCAUCUUCCCUGGCGAUUCCGGUGUCGAUCAGCUUGUCGAGGUCAUCAAGGUCCUGGGCACACCGACAAGAGAACAGAUACGCGAAAUGAAUCCAAACUAUACGGAAUUUAAGUUCCCACAAAUUAAGAGUCAUCCAUGGCAGAAAGUUUUCCGUAUACGCACUCCUACAGAAGCUAUCAACUUGGUGUCCCUGCUGCUCGAGUACACGCCCAGUGCACGGAUCACACCGCUCAAGGCCUGUGCACAUCCGUUCUUCGAUGAGCUGCGCAUGGAGGGCAACCACACCUUGCCCAACGGUCGCGAGAUGCCGCCGCUGUUCAACUUCACCGAGCAUGAACUCUCGAUACAGCCCAGCCUAGUGCCACAAUUGUUGCCCAAGCAUCUGCAGAAUGCAUCCGGACCUGGCGGCAAUCGAUCCUCAGCCGGCGGCGCAGCCUCUGCUGCGGCCAGCGGCUCCACCAGCAUCUCGUCAACGGGCAGUGGCGCCUCGGCGGAAGGAUCCUCCCAGCCGCAGGGCACAACAGCAGCUGCGGGAUCGGGAUCUGGCGGAGCAGCAGCAGGAGCCGGCGGAUCGAGUGCCGGGGGACCCGGGUCUGGCAACAACAGCAGCAGCGGCGGCGGAGCACCGGGAGCGCCGUCUGCCGUGGCAGCUGCUGCCAAUGCCGCGGUCGCCGGUGGUGGUGGUGGCGGUGCCGGUGCGGCGGCCACUGCUGCCUCAGCAGCUGGCGCUAUGGCCGCGAGCAACGCCGGCGGCGCCAACGUAACAGGUUCCCAGUCGAACAGCGCCCUGAACAGCAGCGGAAGUGGUGGAAGCGGCAGCGGAAACGGAGAAGCAGGCGGCUCGGGAUCCGGAUGCGGAUCGGGAUCAGGAGGUGGAAAUGGCGGGGAUAAGGACGCUGGAGACAGUGGAGCAGCCGGAUCUGGAGCAGGAGCAGCAGAAACCGAGGCAGCGGCGUCGGGUUAGCGCGAGAGAGGUGCUCUUUUAAUGUAAUGUUAUUCACAGGAUUUUCUCUUGGGCCAGGGAUUAAGUUUACCAUUUUGGCCGUAAGCGAUACGGCAACAUCACCCAGACACACACAAUUAGACUCGACAUUUGAGAUGGAUGAAGUCCCAGCUAAAGCUAAGACAAAAUUAUAGACAAUGGAAUUCACUUCACAUAACACCCACCCAAUACACUGACACCCCCACCCCGACAACAACAGCCACAUCCUUACACAUUCUCACUAACAACACACAUGUAUGUAUGUAUAUCAAGCUAUAUGCAUUGUGCGCAAGCAAAUAUUUAGCAUAAAACUCGAGAAAAAAACAAAAUCCACUUUAAAUUUUGCAUAAAUAAUUUAAAUAAUAAUCUGUAUUAUUGAAAAACAAAGAGAAAAACUCCUCCCCCUUGUGCCCCCGCCCUCAAAUAUAGUAAAUAACAUUUAACAAAUAGCUCGCGAAACGUAAUAAAAGUUAAGUAAGAAACCACAAGAAAGAUAAGGGAAUACUUAGUGAAAUAAAUCAAAAUUUUUGCCCCAUUUAACGUUUAUAUAUAUGCGGUUAUACAAAUAUAUAACGUUCACAGCAGUUAGCAAUCCAUAGUGAAAGUAAAAGUAAAAAUAAAAGGCGGCAAAGUAACAACUAGCAAAAAGGAGGAUAUAACAUUUACUAAACUCGCGCAAGUGCAUCUAUAUAAAUACGAUAUAGAUAUUAUAUAAACAUAGAUAUAUAUACGAGAUAUUACCAAGACAUUCGUAAUCCUAGUAGCAACCCCCAACCCAUGAACCGGAAAUGCCGAAAGAAAUGAAAAAAUUCCACGUAUAGCAACAUUUUUCGUGGCCUGUUCUCAAGUGACGCAUAGGAACUACGAUUAUCUAAGGAAGCGAUCGUCAAAAUGCAAUAUACACUAACACUAUACAUAAAUACAAAGGUUAUAACAAAAAGAGCAAAAAAGUAAAUGAAUGUUUGAAUGAGAAACGCUUUUAGCGCGCGACGCCACCCAUUAACUUAAAUUAACAAUGCAAAUAUUGAGGUAAUGAGGUAGUAGAGCCAGGAUAUAUUUAAAAGUAACCGACAAAAAACAUCUAGCUGCAAUUAAAAAUUUAAACUUAUUUAAUACAAAUUGAAGUAAAAUACAAUGAAACCGAUGAUGGUUUUAGAAUAUAAGGCCUUAGAUCAACCGGAAACUCCUGCGCGACUAUAGCACUACCCCUCGGUUCGAUUGGUUCCAAUCUAUCUCUCUAUACCUAUGAAAAACACCCAGUUAAACUGCUUAGAUCUCGUUUUAAAAAUCUGCGGUUAUGUCCAAGCACUUUAAGCCCAUUAAAACCAACAAAGUAAACAAAACAAAGCGAAACAUGAGAAAAGAAAAAGAAAAAAGGAAAGCAAGUCUAUUUGUAUGUAUUUCCAUAGAACUCCUUAUAUAUUAUAUGAGAACAUAUUUUUUUUUUACUAACUAAAUGAUACAUUUAUACAAUUAAUGAAGUUGAGUUUUGUGACAUCAAAACUAAAUAAAUUUUACUAUAUACAUAUAUGUACACACCCACACAAAAAAACACACGUAAAUUCAGACAUAUUCACACGCACAUACGUCUAUAAUUUCAAAUAAAUUUGAAACCGAAGAUUUGUGAACUAAUAUUCUUUUUGGUAAAGAUUCUACGAAAACUGCAGACAAGUUAUAUAUACCUUAAAAAACACCAACACACUGCUUUAUUUGUAAUUACAAAUUUCAACCGAAGAUAAAUGAAAGCCCAAAACAAUAUAUACAUAUACACACAUAUAUAUGCAUAGAAAAACAUACUUAUAUAUGAUGAAGAACUUCAGCGUUUCGCUUUAAUUAUGAGGCAACAACCACAUGAGAAAUCCAAACCAAACUUAAACUUAAUUACAAAUAAACACAAACCUAAAUUAAUUGCAAAACUAAAAAA